AUGGAAUCAGUUGACAAAUUGAAAGCUAAGCGACAAUACGUGCGUGCAAGUUGCACUAAAUUACUUACAAAAUUAGAGACUGCUUUAACUAGUGGUAUUGAAGAAACUGAUGUGGAAGAACUUUUGGAACUUAAUGAACAUUUUCUUGAUAAAGAAAACUUGUUGAAAACAUUAAAUUCGGAAAUUGAAAAGCAAUGGACUGAAGCGGAGGGCUUUGAAAAAGAACUUGAAACUUGCGAAAAAUAUUCCGAGCAAAUUUUGUCUGCCAAGUUUAAAAAUAAACAGCGGAUUAAGAAGUUAAAUAAGGACAAUAGUUGCAACGAAAGUGCUUUGUUGAACUCGACUGUUUCUGAAACAGGUGCUUCUAACAUGAAAUUGCCUAAGUUACGAAUUGAUAAAUUUUCUGGUGAUCCUAGUUCAUGGUUAGAAUUCUUUAACAGUUUCCAGACAUCAAUUCAUCAAAACAAAUCGCUGAGUAAAACUGAAAAAUUUUCCUACUUGAAAUCACUGUUAACUGGACAAGUUUACAAUGUUGUAAAAAGAUUUCAACUUUCUGAAGAAAAUUACGAGUCGUGUCUUGAGCUUUUGAAGCAGCGUUUCGGUGAAACCGAUCUUAUUAUAAACACUUACAUGAAUAAUCUACUGAACCUUCAACCCGUUAAAAAUUCUUCAAAUUUAAGUGGUCUACGGGAAUUACACGACCAGUGCGAAGUUAACAUUAGAAGUUUGCAAAAUCUUGGAGUCACAUCUGGUUCAUACGGUCAUUUAUUAAAUCCAAUUCUUAUGAAAUUACUACCUCAAGAUAUGAUGUUGGAUUUUCAUCGUAAGUGUAAACCCGAAAGCGGUAAGGACGUUUCUGAAUUGCUUAAUUUUUUGAGAAAUGAAAUUAAAUGUCGUGAAGUAAUGUCGACUGUUUAUAACUCUUGUAGUUCCAGUAAAGUAUGCAGUGACUCUAGGGCUAAACCUGAUAAUGGUCAAAAACAGAACCCACGUUUUGGGAAGGGAAACAUUUCAACAAUGACUUUAAAUACAUCUCAAAAUGUACUACCAGAAAAAUUGUUUUGUAUAUUUUGUAAAUCACAUAAUAAUCAUUUUUCUAAUAAUUGUGACGUCGUAGCAGAUAAUGUUAAAAGACAAAUACUCAAGAAAGAAGGUCGUUGUUAUAAAUGUUUUCGUAAAAACCAUCUUUCUGCUGAAUGCAGAAGUAAAAUUGAUAAAUGUAACUUUUGUAAUGAAUUUAGUCAUAACAAAUUGUUUUGCAAAUUAAGUCAAACUUCUAGCAACAAUCUUAAUACAAAUACUCUAGUGUCUCUAACGCAAUCUGAAACAUCUAAGGAAUUUAAAGCGACACUUUUGCAGACUUGCAUUAUUGCUAUACCAGCAAAUAGCGGUAAAGAACUAGUAAAUUGUUUUAUUGACCCUGGAAGUGAAAGGACAUUUUUGACGAGAAAACUUGUAAACUCUUUAAAAUUAAAACCAAUUAGGAAAGAAAAACUAAUGAUCUAUUCCUUUGGUCAGCCUAAACCCCAAGAAAUUAUUUAUGAUGUUGUGUCAGUGGAGUUACGCAGCAUAUUUAAUUCUAGUUCCCUGAAAAUUGAAGCUCUAGUUACAGAUGUUAUUACUUGCGCAAAAUUGAAACAAGCUCCUCGCGACCUUCAUAGACUUCUUUGCUCACAAGGGUAUAAAUUGUGUGAUCCUAAAAGGGAAGAUGAAAUAGGAAUCCUGUUAGGCUCUGAUUAUGCUUGGCAAACUAUGAGGGGUGAAGUUAAACAGUUACCGGGUGGGUUGUUUAUUAGUGAAACUAUAUUCGGACAUACUGUUCAGGGCCCAUUGGAAUCGGAAAACUUUAACUCAACAGCGGGAGUGCAUUUUAUGAGCACCGCUGAUGCAGAAUUAAACAAUGAAAUAAAGAAAUUUUGGAGUUUGGAAUCGCUAGGCAUAAUAGCUAACGAGGCAAAUAAUUCAGAUUUGGCUAUCGUGAAAGAUUUCGAAGAAAAUCUAAAAUUUGUCGAUGGUAGGUAUGAAACGAAACUUUUGUGGAAACCCCAUGAACUUACGUUAAGCAAUAAUUUUAAGAUUGCAGAGUACCGUUUCGAAAAUUUAAAGCCUAAAUUAUAUAAAAACGAAUGGUUGCUGCAAAAUUACAAUGCUAUUAUGCUAGAACAGUUAAGAGACGGUGUAAUUGAAUCAUGUAAAAAUGAAACGCGUGAUACGAAAAGUUAUUAUAUGCCGCACAGACCUGUAGUAAGAAAAGAAAAAUCAACGACAAAGGUUAGGAUUGUUUAUGAUGCCUCAUCAAAAUCAACAAAUUGUAACUCUCUUAAUGAAUGUCUUGAUUCGGGACCGAAUUUGAAUCCAAACAUUUUAGAUGUCAUAUUAAAAUUUCGAAAAAAUAAAAUAGGAUUUUCCGCUGAUAUCGAGAAAGCUUUUCUCCAAAUUAAAAUUGCAGAAGAAGAUAGGGAUUACUUGAGAUUCUUAUAUUUUGAAGAUUGCGACAGUAGCAAAGAAACCAAAUCUUAUCGAAUGACUCGUGUCCCCUUUGGUGUGACGAGUAGCCCCUUUAUUUUAGCUUCCACUAUUAAGUAUCAUAUAAAAAAAUACGAAAAAAGUAAUUUUGAAACAUACAACAUGCUUAACACUUCACUUUACGUGGAUGAUUUAUUUUUUGGUUCCGAAACUGUUGAAUCUGCUGUUAAAUUGUCCACUGAAGCUGUUACGAUCUUGAAAGAAGCGGGUAUGAAUCUUAGAAAAUUUCAGACCAAUUCAAUUGAAUUAAAUGAAUGGCAUAAAUCUGACUUUUGUGUAAGUACGGAGGAAAAUACAAAAAAAGCCUUUUCAAGUAUUAGGUAUAAAUUGGGACACUGA